AUGCCACUGGAGCGCCGCCGGUCUCGUGUCUAUCCGGACGCCCCAGUCUCGAUGGAUCAGGUUUCGACUGCGUCAAGCACCGAUUUGAAAGCCGAAGAUUCGACACCAGGUCCGGCUUCCAUGCCAUCACCUUGUGUCGGUCGAGGUGAUCAGAGCUCGGAAGAUGAACAGAGGGACAUUGACCCGUGGUCGAGCUCCAUGCCUCCACCACCGGUCCCGAGUGAGACAUUCGAGACGCGUCUGAGUCGCUCCACCUCUUCGGCAUCUCGAAAUGCCAACCGACUCUCCUUAACGCUGCCAAUUGCACCCCCGAACGGCACCUCUUCGAGACCUACUCCGACUUCCUCAAUGCCUCCAACUCCCAUCGGCUCGUCCGCCUUGAACUCUCCAAUGGACCCGAAUGAUUACAUUGUCGCCAUCGCUGCCCAAGAACGGCGCGUGUUGGAGUUGCGCGAGGAGCUGGGGCGAGCCGAGAAAGAAUUGAAGACGCUACAGAGAAGGUGGGCAACAUCUGAGGCUUACAAAAAGAGGCCAACCAACAGAAAUGUUGAGCCCCUGCGGACACUGGCGUCGACGGGAGACACCCUUAAUGGCUACGCGGAAAGCCCAGCAGCCAAGCGCAGUAGCGAGUUAGACCGGAGGAAGGCCAUUCUGCUCGCACAGAGCCAAGGCACACCUCGCUCCAGGAGGACAGUCAUUCGAGGUGGCCACACGCGUGCUUUGUCUCUACUUUCGCCAACCAAGUCUGCCGAUGACGUCCCAAUCCACGAAGACGAUGAUGUGCGUCGCUCAACCGAUUCUCACAUAAGACGGUUGCCACCUCCCAGCCUCGCUCCUCCUUCCAAGCGCGCGACCUGGGCUCCGCGACAGACACAGCCACCCCAUGGGGUAAAGCAGAUCGCCCAUGACUUCAAACAAGGUCUCUGGACAUUUGUCGAGGAUCUGAGACAAGCAACAGUGGGCGACGAGGGAGUAUCAGGGACCACGAACCGAACCAGUGAAAUGGCCCCUAGGCAGGACCAUGACCAGGACACCAUUCGUGCUUCGACAUCUGGCCGUGGUCGAAUACCGUUCUCGAUCGAACCUGACUCAGCCACAGACAGCUCAAGCAGCGCGUCCUCUGCUAGCUUUAACGAUCGUUUCCUACACCGGCGAAACACAUCUCGAGCGGAAGCAAAGACCAGAAAACACUUUUCUUGGACGCCGCUGACCUUCGACAACUUCGAUGACGAGGAUUGGUCAAACUGGGACUCUCCAACUGUCAAAUCAUCUCGGUGGAGCGGCAGUACAGUGAACGGAGACAUCAUUCCGGCCAUCCCCGAGAAAAUUGACGAGAACGAGGCUACACUUAGACGGAAGCGCUCCAGAGCCGAACUUCGGUCGCCAUCUCCGCACACUCCAAGCAAGCUCGAAGAGUUGCCCCAGGUCAUACUCAACCGCCUGAGUCUGACCCCAAGCAACAUCAAGAACACCACGUCGAACUUCAUCAAAGAGUGGGAGAAGAGCCUGUCACCUCCAGAUUCGGCGACAUUAGACGCCGGUCUUCAAGAUUUGAGAAACAGCAUACUGUGA